AUGGACAAGGUUUUUACUGCAUACCAGGAUCGACAAGCAGUCCUGGAGAAGUCCACCAAUCCGUUUGCCAAAGGCAUCGCAUGGGUAGAGGGACAACUCGUUCCACUCGCAGAAGCACGAAUUCCGCUUAUGGAUCAAGGCUUUAUGCACAGCAACUUGACCUACGACGUUCCCUCUGUUUGGGAUGGUCGCUUCUUCCGCCUAGACGACCACCUCAGCCGUUUGGAGGCCAGCUGCACCAAGUUGCGUCUCCGACUCCCUCUGCCCCGCGAGGAGGUCAAGAAGAUCCUGGUUGACAUGGUAGCUAAGAGUGGCAUUCGCGACGCCUUUGUGGAGCUCAUUGUGACCCGUGGCCUGAAAGGUGUCCGAGGCGCGAAGCCGGAGGAUCUACUGAACAACAAUCUGUACAUGUUCAUUCAGCCUUACGUUUGGUGCAUGGAUCCUGAAGACCAGCCUCACGGGGGCUCCGCAGUUAUCGCACGAACUGUCCGCAGGGUUCCUCCAGGGGCCAUCGAUCCCACCGUCAAAAACCUCCAGUGGGGUGACUUGGUGCGAGGUCUCUUCGAGGCUUCUGACCGAGGCGCUACCUAUCCUUUCUUGACUGACGGCGACUCGAACCUUACGGAAGGCUCUGGGUUUAACAUCUGCCUCAUCAAGGACGGCACUCUUUUCACACCUGAUCGUGGCGUCCUUGAGGGUGUGACGAGAAAGAGCGUUCUUGAAGUUGCUGAGGCAAACAAGAUUCCUAUCCGUAAGGAGGUUGUUCCUGUCGAACUGGCCUACCAGGCGGAUGAAAUACUGAUGUGUACGACGGCUGGGGGCAUCAUGCCAAUUACCAAACUUGACGGCCAGCCCGUCAAUGGAACGGGUAAAGUUGGGCCUCUGACGAAGAAGAUCUGGGAUGGAUAUUGGGCGCUGCAUUACAGCCCUACGCACAGCUUUGAGAUAGACUACAGUACUGCUUAG